AAUCCCUGCCAUUCCCUUCUGCCAGUUACUUGCCACAGGGCAGUCGUAACUAAGUGGUGUUAAUGCAGGGAUGGGUAAGGAAGCCACAGGCAACACAAUGUCUCCAGAAGAACAGCUGAAGAAGAACACGCCUGCCCAGAGGGCCAUCAGAAAGAUCCGGACGGCUAGCCUCGUCAUCAGCUUGGCACGGGGUUGGCAGCAGUGGGCAUCUGACCACCAUACGAAGCAAGUCCAGGAGCCCAGUGGGUGGGUGCCCUCUGAGGAGAACCCCCCAAGGGAGAGGGUAUUUCCCAAACCACCAACCGAUUUCAAGAAAGACCAAUCGAAAGAUGGAGUGUCCUUUCCAUCAGUACAUCAGGAGCCAAAGGAAGACGGAGAGCAGGCGUCAAGUGAAUCAAGCGAAGCCCUCCAGAAACUUAACAUCAGAAGCAAAGAGGUGACAAAGACCGUUGUAAGCAAAGCCUACGAAAGAGGCAGUGGCGUGAGUCUCCUCAGCGACAAGUAUGAAAGAGACAAUGGGUGUUCGUCAACAGACAAGAGCGCCGAAGACAUUGAUAAGCUUCUUAGUGGCAAAAUGUCCCCUACAAGGAGGAGGAAGUGUUCUAACCUGGUGUCGGGGCUGACUAAGGGGUGGAAACAGAUGGAACAGGAAGAAAAGGCCGAUGAACCAGAACGACAGAAUUAUCGUAGCGACAGCUUAGAUACCGAGGACAGCGGUUAUGGAGGAGACGCAGAGGACAAGCUGGAUGCUGACAACAGUAGUCAAGAAAUACGGACCGUGAGGAUAAAACGGCCUUCAUCAUCACUUGCAAACAGAAACGUCAAGGGCUCCAAGAAAUACAGCCCAGUCCACAAUCUGAGAGGGAGAUGGGAAGAGUGGGCAGAUGAGCACAUGAGCACACAAAAGCUCAAUCCUUUCAGUGAGGAGUUUGAUUAUGACCUGGCCAUGUCCACCCGCCUGCGCAAAGGAGAUGAAGGCUAUGGCCGUCCUAAAGAAGGCACAAAAACGGCAGAAAGGGCCAAGAGAGCGGAGGACCAUAUCCACCGAGAGAUGAAAGACAUGUGCUUCAUCAUCAGAACGAUGGCUCGUCACCGCCGGGAUAGCAAGAUCCAAGUCACUUUUGGUGACCUGUUUGACAGAUACGUCCGUAUUUCGGAUAAGGUCGUUGGAAUACUCAUGAGGGCCAGGAAGCAUGGGAUGCUGGACUUUGAAGGAGAAAUGUUGUGGCAAGGCCAGGAUGACCAUGUGAUAAUAACUUUGCUGGAAUAAUGCUAUUCUUCAUGGGAUAACCCAAAACAUAUUGAUUCCUGGUAACUCGGGUCAACUAUUAUGUUGACUACUCCAGCUGAGACAUCCAAGUUCUUCUUGGGGUAGCCAGUGUUUUGGACUACGAUUCCCAUCAGUCAGCACACCCAUUGGUCAGAUCAUGGGACCUGUAGUCCGUAAGAGCUAGAGGACAUCAUGUUGAAUGCCUCUGUCAUAGAAAUAGUCAGAAUCUCUUCCUGUUAAGUAAUGCCUACAUGUUACUAGCAAGUUCAUGCUUCUUCAGUCAGUUUUAUAAGGCUGAAUUGCACAAAGUAGACUAGCAUAUAAGGCAGGCACCCCCAAACUCGGCCUUCCAGAUGUUUUGGGACUAAAACUCCCAUCAUCCCUAGCUAACAGGACCAGUGAUCAGGGAUGAUGGGAACUGUAGUCCCAAAACAUCUGGGGGGGGCCAAGUUUGGGGGUGCUUGAUAUAUGGGAAUGAAGUUCACAUUAUUCUAUAAGAAUGCAAGUAGCUUUGCAUCUGUUCAAUAUAUACUGUAUGCUUGUUGGGUUUAAAAGGGAUAACAGCAGCAAAUCUAUUAAUAUUUGGAAGUAAUGUUCAAGUACCCUGAUACCUCAGUUUUAAAACUAAAUCAGUGGAAUCCUAGACUAAGUCUAAUAAACUUAGCAUUACUUAUAUAAACUGUGCAAUAUACCCAUUUACAUUUACUAAGUCACUAUAAACUUCAGGAUUGCAUCCAUUUUAUACACUAUGUAAGUCAACCUGUAGCUGCUUCAAAAUGUAUAGCUGGACUAUUUUGCUGUGUUUAAUUAUUUAUUUUUAUAACUAUGUAUUUAUUAUGCUGAUUGACAGUGCUUGAAAAAUAUGGGAUAGCCUCCAGAUAAACAGUAUUAUACUUUUACUGUUUAAUGUUAAAAUGUACCAAAACAAAACCUACCCCUACCCCCAUGUUCUCUUUCAAACUGAAAGAUCACACAUCUUCUUACAGAAGAAAAAAAGAUGUGACUAUUUUCAGUCAUAAAGCUAAUAUUGUAAGAAAUGUUUUUCAGGCAUUACAGAUAGGUUGGUGAAAAUGUUUUGACUCACAAUACAAACUUAUUUAUUUGCAGUAAAUUCCUUAUUUUGCUAAGGAAUAAAUUCCUUGCAUAUAUAGGCAUGGAAUGAGACUUUAGAGAUUUGCAUACUAACAUUGUUUGCAAAACAAUGUGUUUUGAAAUACGUGGUGAAAAAAGGCAAUACUCUCCUUGAACAAAAAAAUUGAUUGCUUUGAGACUGCAAGAUUGAGUUCUAAUGUACUACUUCAUCUCUCUCUAUAUGCAAUUUCAUCUUUGAAGAUUGUUUGCCCUUUAUAAUGCCAUUAUUUGUUUAGGUUCUAUACAGGUGUGUGCAUUUUAAAGCUGCUUGGGUACCAGCAGUUCUCUAGAAUGGGGUCACAAGUGUCCCCAGUCUGCAGAUUGCAAGAGUAAGUUGUCAAAAAUUAAUGUGUUGGAUACUAUUUCUGCCAAAUACAAAAACCAUCAAUCAUCAAA